AGAGGAGAGAGAGAGAGAGGAGAGAGAGAAAGAGAGAGAGAGAGAGAAAGAGGAGAGAGAGAGAGAGAGAGAGAGAGAGAGAGAAAGAGAGAGAGAGAGAGGAAAGGAAAGGAGAAUGGAGGAAAGGGAAGGAAAGGAGAGGAAGAGAGAGAAAGGAGGAGGAAGGAGAAAGAGGAAAGAGAAGGGAGGAAGGGAGGAAAGGAAGAAAGAGGAAAGGAGGAGAGAAAGAGAAAGGAG